GUGCUGCUUUCGGCGAAUAUUAAUAAUAUUAUUACCAGAGAAGAGAUGGCAUGGCAGGACUAAAUUACAAGGUUGCAGGAGGCAGCACGGAACCAUCGUUUUCCGAGGAAUUAUUACGCCGGCGAGGCGAGCAGAGAAGAAGGGGCAGCGAGGCUCCACUCCACGGCCGAUUCGAUCGUUUUUAAAGUACCACCAGCUAGUAGCUAGGGUGAAGCACAUCGAUCAGCUGCCGCUGGUGGUACUGGCAGUGGUGGUAGCUAGUAGCUGAUCUCCUCUCCGAUCCUCUCCGGCCCCCUCCUUCCAUGUGUCCGGCCCGGCUCCAAAUCCUCCUCGUGCUUGCCGAUGUCCGGGCGUUAGAGGAAAGCGGCGGCACCGGUGCUCCGGCCAUGGCCACUCGCCCCCUCCGCCCAUGACCGACCCCACCACCCCAUUCUUCUACUCCCUACUAUUACACGGCUACUACACCGGGGCACGCACAUGCCUCCCACCCCCACCCUCCAUCGCUUGCAUUGAGCAACACGCACGUCGUCGCUCCGCCGCCAAUGCUUGCAUGCCACGACCCACCAGUCACCACAGCUACUGGCCUCUACCUUCGCCCUCUCGCUAGCCUAGCUAGGAUAGAUCGAGCUGACUAUCUGACCACAAGUGGUGGUAGCCACCUGCUAUAGGAGGAGUAUAGGCUAUAGCAACUGCCGCCAGCUGCCAGAGCUCAAGCUCAGCUAGCUAGCUACGAGUCUGCUGUACACGCGGACGCCGGCGGCGGACCGGGGCCGGGGAGGGAGAGUUGGGAGACAAGUUACUUUGCUUGUGUACAGAUCGAUGGUGACGGCGAAGGAGGCCGCGGCGGCGGCCAUGGACGCCAGCAAGUACGUGCGGUACACGCCGGAGCAGGUGGAGGCGCUGGAGCGGCUCUACUACGAGUGCCCCAAGCCGAGCUCGCUGCGCCGCCAGCAGCUCGUCCGCGACUGCCCCGUCCUCGCCAGCGUCGACCCCAAGCAGAUCAAAGUCUGGUUCCAGAACCGCAGGUGCCGGGAGAAGCAGCGGAAGGAGUCGUCUCGGUUGCAGGCGCUGAACCGGAAGCUGACGGCCAUGAACAAGCUGCUCAUGGAGGAGAACGACCGCCUGCAGAAGCAGGUCUCGCAGCUCGUCUACGAGAACGGCUACUACCGCCAGCAGACGCAGCAGAGCGCGGGGCUGGCGACCACGGACACGAGCUGCGAGUCGGUCGUCACCAGUGGCCACCAGAACGUGGCCGCGGCGGCGCCACAAGCGCAGCCGCGCGACGCAGGCCCUGCUGGGCUCAUGUCCAUAGCGGAGGAGACACUGACGGAGUUUCUGUCCAAGGCCACGGGGACCGCCGUCGAGUGGGUCCAGAUGCCCGGGAUGAAGCCUGGUCCGGAUUCCAUUGGAAUCAUAGCCAUCUCGCAUGGUUGCGCGGGUGUGGCUGCGCGAGCUUGCGGCCUCGUGGGCAUGGAGCCUGCCAAAGUUGCUGAAGUCCUCAAGGAUCGGCUGCUGUGGCUACGCGAUUGCCGAUCUAUGGAGGUGGUGAAUGUUCUUCCUGCCGGUAACAAUGGCACAAUUGAGCUUCUCUACUUGCAGCUCUAUGCCCCCACAACGCUGGCGCCAGCUCGGGACUUCUGGUUGCUGCGGUACACCUCCAUUCUUGAUGAUGGAAGUUUAGUGGUAUGUGAGAGAUCACUCAGUACCAAGCAGGGUGGCCCAAGCAUGCCUCUUGUCCAGCCUUUUAUCAGGGGUGAGAUGCUUCCUAGUGGGUUCUUGAUUCGGCCUAGCGACGGUGGAGGCAGUGUUAUACACAUCGUUGAUCAUAUUGACUUGGAGCCUUGGAGCGUGCCUGAAGUUGUGCGGCCACUGUAUGAAUCAUCUGCAAUGGUUGCUCAGAAGAUGUCAAUGGCGGCUUUGCGCUAUCUUAGGCAGGUUGCUCAUGAAGAUACCCAUUCUGUAAUAACCGGAUGGGGACGGCAGCCUGCUGCUUUACGGGCUCUGAGCCAAAAGCUCACCAGAGGUUUCAAUGAAGCUCUUAAUGGGCUUGCUGAUGAUGGAUGGUCUGUGGUUGAAAGUGAUGGAGUGGAUGAUGUUUGUAUCUCUGUCAACUCAUCCCCGAGUAAAGUGAUCAACUGCAAUGCAACUUUCAAUAAUGGAUUGCCUGUAGUCAGUAGCAGUGUACUCUGUGCAAAGGCAUCGAUGCUGCUGCAGGAUGUUUCUCCGCCAGCACUCCUGCGCUUUAUGCGGGAACAGCGGUCGCAGUGGGCUGACAGCAAUUUAGAUGCAUUCUUUGCUUCUGCAAUGAAACCAAAUUUCUGCAAUUUGCCUAUGUCUCGCCUUGGAGGAUUUAGUGGUCAGGUCAUACUUCCUUUAGCCCACACGUUUGACCCUGAAGAAUUCCUUGAGGUUAUAAAAUUAGGGAAUGCCAGUAAUUAUCAAGACGCACUCCUGCACCGUGAUCUGUUUCUGUUACAGAUGUACAAUGGGGUAGACGAGAAUAUGGUAGGAACUUGUUCAGAGCUCAUCUUUGCCCCUAUAGACGCAUCAUUCAGCGAUGACUCUCCACUGCUCCCAUCUGGUUUCCGCAUCAUUCCGAUCGACGCUCCUCUCGACACAUCUAGCCCCAAGUGCACAUUGGACCUAGCCUCCACCCUUGAAGUUGGAACUCCCAGAAGCAGGAUAAAUGGCAGCGGUCCUGGAAAUGCUGCUUCUGCUGGCUCAAAGGCUGUGAUGACGAUCGUGUUUCAGUUUGCCUUCGAGAGCCAUCUGCAGGACAGUGUUGCAGCCAUGGCAAGGCAGUACAUGCGAAGCAUCAUUGCAUCAGUUCAGAGGAUCGCGCUGGCGCUCUCCUCCUCACGCCUCGUUCCUCAUGGCAGCAGCAUCAGUCACACUCCUGCUAGUCCGGAGGCAACCACGCUUGCCAGAUGGAUCUGCCAGAGUUACAGAUUUCAUUUUGGGGCUGAGCUUAUCAAAUCCGGAGAUGGUAGCGGCUGUGAAGGAGUGCUAAAAACCCUUUGGCAUCAUGCCAGUGCUAUACUCUGCUGCUCUUUGAAGGCCUUGCCGGUGUUCACGUUCGCGAACCAGUCUGGCCUGGACAUGCUGGAGACAACCCUGGUGGCGCUCCAGGACAUCACCCUGGAGAAAGUGUUCGAUGACCAAGGGAGGAAGAACCUGUGCGCGGAGCUCCCCGGCAUCAUGGAGCAGGGGUUCACGUGCAUCCCCAGCGGGCUGUGCGUCUCCGGCCUGGGCCGGCCGGUGUCGUACGAGAAGGCGCUGGCGUGGAAGGUGCUCGACGACGACAGCGGCGCGCACUGCAUCUGCUUCAUGUUCGUCAACUGGUCGUUUGUGUAAUGCAUCUGCCAGGUCCGUCGCGCUCAUGGGAAAUCGGCUGAUCGGUGGCAUGUUUUAGGUUCGAAUCGCCCUUUAAUUAUUGGGAUGUAGUAAAAUGGUUUCGGUUUUGAAGAAAAAUGUGAAAUGGUAGAAGGACCUGAAUAGCAGUAUUGUACACGGAUGGAUCAUGUGAUGUCAAACAAGAAUGACCUUUUGUUUGAUAAUGAAGUUAACAUGGCCCCUCCUUUAUGGUUUUGAUUAACAUGUGUGUUAAAUAUGUGUUAGACAAAUAUAUAUUGUUAGAAUAAAAAAGAUUUAUUCCA